AUGGCAUCGUCGAGUCCAACACAGACUAGAACAAUUCGUUUAACGGUUAUUGCUGCAGACGGCUUAUAUAAAAGAGAUGUUUUUCGAUUACCUGAUCCUUUUGCGGUAGUUACAGUUGAUGGUGAACAAACACAUACUACUUCAGUAAUUAAGAAAAAUCUGAAUCCAUACUGGAAUGAAAGUUUUGACGUACAAGUAUCAAAUUCAAGUGUAAUUGCUGUUCAAAUCUUUGAUCAAAAAAAAUUUAAAAAGAAAGACCAAGGAUUUUUAGGAGUAAUUAAUAUUCAAAUAGGGGAUGUAUUUGAUAUCAAUGUUGGGGGCGAAGAAAUGUUAACAAAGGAUUUGAAAAAGUCAAACGCAAAUGAAGUUGUGCACGGUAAACUCAUCCUUAACUUAUCAACAAAUGUAAAUUCCCCUCCCGCACAUCCCGGAGUUCCCGGCCCACCUAUGCCAAAUCACAACCGUACAAAUUCUUCCGAUUCGUCAUCUAUUUCAAACAUUACAAAUCAGAGAGUUAAUGAAAGAACUCCAAUUGAAAAUUCACGACCCACCAGCCUUAUCAAUCAAACUCCUUCUGCAUUAGCUUCAUCUAGUUCAUUAGUUCCUCCUAUAGCUGGCCCUAGUAAUCCAAAUAAUAUUAUUAAUAAUUCUACUACAACGGCAGCAACACCUACACCUGGAAAUUCUUCUGCAGUGCGCACAUUUAGUUCCUUCGAAGAUCAAUAUGGACCUUUGCCACCUGGAUGGGAACGUCGUGUCGAUCAUCUUGGUCGUACUUAUUAUGUCGACCAUAACACACGUACAACUACUUGGGCUCGACCCUCAAUGAAAGCUACACCUACCCAACGACUACAAGAGCAACAAACUAUAACAGAAUUAGAACGUCGUCGACAUAAUAAUCGUACGCUUCCUGAAGAAAGACCAUCAGGUUCUUCAUCUCCUUUACCUAAUAGUGCUUCUUCAACUUCUAUUGUGGGUUCAAGUGCUGAGGCAUCAUCAAGUGGUGCUGCUGCUGCAAAUGGAUUGGCCCCUGUUGGACAUGUUGGUGCUACAACAGCUGGUUAUGGUCCGUUACCAUCUGGUUGGGAACAAAGAACGACGCCAGAAGGCAGACCAUACUAUGUUGAUCAUAAUACUAGAACGACAACUUGGGUAGACCCUCGUAGACAACAAUAUAUUAGAAUGUAUGGUGGAAAUGCAAAUAAUGUUACCAUCCAACAACAACCUGUAUCUCAAUUGGGUCCAUUACCAUCUGGUUGGGAAAUGCGGUUGACAAGUACAGCUAGAGUAUAUUUUGUAGAUCAUAAUACAAAAACGACUACAUGGGAUGAUCCUCGAUUACCUAGUAGUUUAGAUCAAAACGUUCCUCAAUAUAAACGUGAUUUCCGUAGAAAACUCAUAUAUUUCAGAUCUCAACCAGCACUUCGGCCUGUCCCUGGUCAAUGCCAUAUUAAAGUUCGACGAAGUAAUAUUUUUGAAGAAGCUUAUUCUGAAAUUAUGCGACAACAACCUCAAGAUCUAAAAAAACGUCUAAUGAUUAAAUUUGAUGGAGAAGAUGGUUUAGAUUAUGGUGGUUUAUCAAGAGAAUUCUUCUUUCUUCUUUCUCAUGAAAUGUUCAAUCCUUUCUAUUGCCUUUUCGAAUAUUCCGCACAUGAUAAUUAUACUCUUCAAAUUAAUCCUCAUUCCGGAAUUAAUCCCGAACAUCUUAAUUACUUUAAAUUCAUCGGCCGAGUGGUCGGUCUUGCCAUUUUCCAUCGUCGAUUUUUAGACGCCUUUUUCAUCAUAUCAUUUUAUAAAAUGAUCCUGAAGAAGAAGGUUGGAUUGCCAGAUAUGGAGAGUGUAGAUGCCGAUUUUCAUAGAAGUUUGAAAUGGGCUUUAGAGAAUGAUAUUACGGAUGUUUUCGAUCUAACAUUUUCUACCGAAGACGAUCGAUUUGGAGAAGUAGUAUCGGUUGAUUUGAAAGAAAAUGGUCGAAAUAUUCCAGUAACAGAAGAAAAUAAAAAAGAAUAUAUUGAUCUUAUUACCGAAUGGCGAGUUUCUAAGCGAGUUGAAGAACAAUUUAAGGCCUUUAUGGAAGGCUUUAAUCAAUUAAUACCGCAAGACUUGAUAUCUGUGUUCGAUGAGCGUGAAUUAGAGUUACUUAUUGGAGGUAUCGCGGAAAUUGACGUCGAUGAUUGGAAGAAACACACAGAUUAUCGAGGUUAUACAGAAUCAGAUGAUGUCAUACAGUGGUUCUGGAAGUGUGUAAGAUCAUGGGAUUCCGAAAAGAAAUCUCGUUUACUACAAUUUACCACUGGUACAUCGCGUAUCCCUGUUAACGGAUUCAAAGAUUUGCAAGGUAGUGAUGGACCUCGACGAUUUACUAUCGAAAAGGCUGGUGAUGUUUCUCAACUGCCAAAGAGUCAUACUUGCUUUAAUCGUAUUGACCUGCCUCCAUACAAGAAUUAUGAAGCAUUGGUAGGCAAAUUAACGUUAGCGGUUGAAGAGACUGUAGGAUUUGGACAAGAAUAG